UUGUUCUCAUAACAUUUUCACGUGCGCGUAAACAUUGCGUCUACUCGUGCCACAAGAUAAUUUAUAAAAGUCGUGAGAUGAAGAAGCCUAACAGACCAGUCAAUUAUUUGUCUUGGCUGAAAAGACUGAACUGUGAACCAGUUGCCAUACCAAGAACCACAUACUACCGUAUGCGACUCAACAUGGGACUUGUAAAUAGGCGUGCGGUUGUUGGGCAGAUGCGUGCUCAAAAUGAGUAUAUUCGUCGUCAUCCUAACACAAACUAUGUCGACAGGGAAUACAUUAUUGGAGGAGACGUAGCUAGUAAUAAAAUUUUUCACAACGACGAUCAUCACCAGGAGCAACAACUGAGGAUUGAUAGUGAUGAUGAUGAUGACCAUUCGUCCAAUACAGCUGACCGUUCCCCACCAGAAUACGCAAGUGGUUCCGACGAAGAAGGCGAUGUCGAUAGAGAAUAA